UCUUUAAAAAAAAAAAAAAGAAUUUUCAACAAUAACAACAUAAUACAAUACUAAGACCUACAAUUAAGACAAGACCAAAAACCACGACACAAGAGGAAACACAAAUAUAGAAAGAGAGAAAAAACAAACACAAAGAAGCAAACAAAAAUCAGCAAAAUAUUCACAACCUGGUGCAUUUAUAAAAUGCAGUUUGUAUGUAGUUAAACUGUUAUAUUUGUUACUCCCAUACUCAUUACUCUUGACUAUUCCUCUUUCAAGUAUAUUGCUACUGGUGACCAGUCCCUCACAAACUCCUCAAGAGUGCUGCUUCUUCUAAAAUUCACUUUAAGAGAGACUGAACUCUCUCUCUCUCUCUCUCUGCAGUCAUGUCGGUGUCUCCCGCCCUCGCCGACCUCUCUCGUCUCUACCAGACGGAGUUUGUCCGCAGCGCCCGGGCGGUCGGCGUCCUCUGGGCCGUGUGCACGCUCUGCUUCGCCAUCAUCCAGGUGGUCGUACUGGUGCAGCCGUCCUGGAUGGGCACCACAGACACCCGCCACCAGGGGGUCGGACCCGCCCCUCCCAGCGGCACCCUGGGACUGUUUGAGGUGUGUCUGGAGUCGGACUGGCCCGUCCCGGACUGUCGUGGCGGUCUGUCCAGUCUGUCCCCUCUGCCGUCCUUCCAGUCUGUGGCGGUGUUGGUGGGCGUGUCUCUCUGGGCGGUGUGGACCAGCGUCCUCUGUCUCUGUCUCUUCAGGUUCUGCAGCGCCGCCACCGUCUACAAGAUCUGCGCCUGGCUGCAGCUCACCGCAGGUUUCUGUCUGGCGUUGGCUUGUCUUCUGUUUCCAGACUCGUGGGAGAGUCCAGAGAUGAGAGCUCUGUGUGGAGACUCGGUGGGCAGUUUCUCUGCAGGUAACUGUUCGGUCCACUGGGCGUACAUCCUGGCCAUACUGGGCGUGUUGGACGCCGCUAUCUUGGCCACGCUGGCCUUCGUCCUGGCCAACAGGCAGGAUGCCCUGCUACCGCCAGACGCCAAGGACGUGACCACAGGUCUGCUGAUGUCAGCGUAGAGUCACCGGAAGUUGCAUCGUUCCUCCUUCUCUCCUCACUGUGCAAGACGAGGAAGAAGAAGGUGAGAGAGAGAGAAUUAAGAAAGAAGAGCAGGUAUAAAGAGAGGAAGAAGAGGAUGGACAGAGGUGAAAUGAGAAAUAAGGAAAAUCUUUGUCCGUAAACAUGGCUGCUCUGUAGCGACGCCACAAACAGAAACCCAACGCGUUCUAUGAAUCAUCUGUUUAUAGUGGAAAACAUGUUGACAUGAAAUCUGAACCUCAAAGAAACUUCCUGAGAUUUUAGUAAACCAUAUUGUUCUCUGUCUUCUGACUAUGAGUUGUUAACAGCUCCACCAAAUAGUGAAUUUUCUCUCUAAACU